AUGAGAAGUCAAUACGAAGAACCCGCAAGCAGGAGGAUUCAGGUUUUGCACAUCCAACCGAGUACAGAACCCGAUCGCUCCAAUUUCUUCUGGGCCAGUCUCGACCGCCGUACCAUUCUCUUCGUACUCUGCAGUGUGCACUCCGUCUCCUUCUUGCGACGGGACCACAACUCCAAGGAACCGACUGUCACUUCUGCCAUACGGAAGCUUUGUCAAAAUGUUGUAAACCUUCGUCUACGGCAUAUUCCGAGUCCAGAUUUGUUCCCUGCUGCACCUUGGUUGUUCUACAUUCCACCCCCGGUCAGGCUCAAUCCAACCUGA